AUCACCUUUUUAAAAAUGAUGGUGAUAAAGUUAUCAAUCGGGAUAUUAUUAUCAUUGUCGUUAAUAGAAUUAAGUUCAUCAUCAUCCGAUGCAAUAGCAUGUCAUGAUUCAUUUUUUGAUUGUGGUAAUGGAAAAUGUAUAGCACCAUUAUUUAUUUGUGAUGGUGAUAAUGAUUGUGGUAAUUAUCAUGAUGAAUUAUCAUGUAAUUCGGUUGAAAAUAUUACUAAUGCUAAUGCUGUACAACAACAUUUACCAUGUCCAUCACAUGAAUUUGCAUGUAACGAUGCGGUUGGUAAUUGUAUACCACAACGUUGGGUUUGUGAUGGUCAAAGUGAAUGUUCGAAUAAUGCUGAUGAAGCUAAUUGUACAGCAAAAAAUCCAUUGAUUGAUUGUCGUGGUGAUUUUCGAUGCGUCACAUCUUUCGAAUGUAUACCACCAAAAUGGGUUUGUGAUGGUGUUAAUGAUUGUAUGGAUCAUUCGGAUGAAUCAAAUUGUUCCCAGAUCCAUGAUCCAAAUGAAGAUAUGAUAUGUGAUAAAUUACAUGAUCGUUAUCGUUGUCAAUCUAAUGGUCUAUGUAUUGCAUAUGAAUUGGUUUGUGAUGGUAAACCAGAUUGCCCCGAUGGUGAUGAUGAACAACAAAAUUGUCAUGCAAAAAAAUGUCAAGAUAAAAAAUGUUCACAUCAAUGUUUGAUUGAUGAACAUACCCAACAACCAAAAUGCUCGUGUCCACCUGGUUUUGAAUUACAAAAUGAUGGUCAUCAAUGUAAAGAUUUUGAUGAAUGUUCACAACAAAAACAAUUGAAUCUUUGUAGUCAACUUUGUAUUAAUCUCCUUGGUAAUUAUCGAUGUGACUGUUUUGACGAUUAUCAUCUGAUUGAUAACCGAACAUGUGUGGCUAAUGGUAAACAAUCACCAAUAUUAUAUUUUUCCACUGGUAAUGAUAUACAUGGUUAUGAUUUACGUAAUAAAAUAAUAUUUCCCGUUAUAACAUUGAAUGAAUAUGAUCCAUCAACAAUAAUCGAUCUGGAACUAUCGAUUAGUGAUGGACGAUUAUAUUAUUCUGUAUUUCAUAAUGAAUCAUUAUUUUCAUCCGUUUAUGAAAUACCAAUUGAUGGUCGUGUUCAAGAAUAUCCUGUAUCCAGUGAACAAAACCGACGUCUUUUUCAUGAUAUUAAAAGUCAAAUUGAAGGUAUUUCGUUGGAUUGGUUGGCAAAUAAUCUUUAUAUGACUGAAGCAAAUCGUGAACGUAUUGUUGUUUGUAAUACUCAAACAUUAAUUUGUUCAACAUUGAUUGAAAAUCUACCAUCACCACGUGGAAUUGUUGUUGUACGUUCUCGGUAUCGUUUAUAUUGGACACAAUGGCAUGAUCGUCAAGGUGGUAUUUAUGAAUCAUUGCUUGAUGGAACGGAACAAACAAGAUUAUUUACCGAUGUUCAAUGGCCAAAUGAUAUUGUUUAUGACCAGGAAAUGAAUCGUCUGUAUUGGUGUGAUGGUAAAACCGGUUCAAUUGAAUAUUAUGAUUUCGAUAUUGAAACGCGUCGUAUUGUACACGAAGAUUUUAUUCGUCAACCAUAUUCAAUGAUCGUAUUUGAAGAUCAACUUUAUUGGACUGAUUGGAUUGCAAAGAAAUUAUUUGGAUGUCAAAAAAUUCAUUGCCAUGAACAAUCGAACAUCUUUCAACCAACCAUAAGUAAACGACGAGGUUUAUAUGGUAUGACUUUAUAUCAUCCAUUACGUCAACCACCAUUAUCAUCAUCAUCGUCGAUGGCUAAAUCUGACCCAUGUCUUCAUCAUCGUCAUAAUCCUUGUUCGCAUAUUUGUCUAAGUCGUACAAAUGAAACAUUUACCUGCCGUUGUCCAGAUCACAUGUACUUGUCAAAUGAUAAUCGAACAUGUAUGAGUCGUUCGGAUAAUUUUCUCAUCAUUAAUACUGGAUCACGUUUAUAUAAAUUUUAUCCAGAUUCCGUUGAUAAUGAACCAUUCGAACUGAUUCCAAUGAUACCAUCUGUAUUUUUAAUCAAUGAUUUGGCUUAUAAUUAUGAAAUAUCCGAAUUUUAUCUAUAUGAUCGUUUACGUGAUCGUAUUGUUCGUGCCCGAAUGGAACCGGAAUUUAUUUAUCAUACUAUGGUUGAUGAUGAUCUGAGUGGUGUUUUCGGUUUAACAUUCGAAAUAAAUAGCAAUAAUCUUUAUUGGGUUGAUAUGAUCAAAGGAUCGAUGGAAGUGGUUAGCAUUCAAAAAGGUUAUCGUGCAAUUUUGAAUGAUAAACUUGAUCAACCAGUAUCGAUGGCCAUUAAUGCAUUGACCAAAACAAUUUAUGUUGGUCUUAAAUCAAAAAAUGCACAAAUUUUAAUGUUAACUAUGGAUGGUCAAUUCGUACGAAGUCUGUUACGUUCGAAACAAGGUUUUCCAUUUGCAUUAUUGGUUUAUCCAUUCAAAGAACAACUGAUUUUGGGUGAUCCUGUACUGGAAAGAAUCGAUAUUAUCGAACUUGACCAUCACCAUCACGGCCAUCAACAAAGUCAUUUGGAACCGAAAAAAUUUCUUGAAAAUCAUGUCAACACUGUACAAUCGAUGGCUCUUCUUAAUUCCACCCUUUAUUGGACUAAUGCUGAAUCACCACGUUUAUAUUGGACUGAUCUUCAAUCAUCAUCAACAUCAACAACGAACAAACGAAUUGAAUCAAAAAAAUUACCAUAUUCAAAUGUAAAUAAUGAUGAACUCAAAGUUAUUUCGGGUUUUAAACAUACUAAACUUUAUGAUUAUUGUCGUACUGAUGAUGGCGGUAUGAAUAAUUCUUGUCAUCAUAUUUGUCUCAUCGGAAGAACGGGUCCAAUUUGUCAAUGUAAUCGUGGUUUUGAUAGCCAAGAUAAUGGUCAUACUUGUCAUCGAAAUCAUUCAUUGGAUUCUAAAAUUACCAAACCCGUUGUUCAUGUUAUCAAUUUGGAAGAUAUUUUUGAUUUUAUUAUUUCCAAACAAAAAGAUAGUAUUUUUGAUCAAUGGAUUGAUUCGGAUACAAAUUCAACAACGACAAACACAACGACCCCGACCAAUGAUCAAAAAUCAGCUGAAGAAUCACAAAGCGAACAACAAUCAUCAUCGAAUGAUUCGCCAACAUUUUUGCAACGAAAUUCUCCAUAUCUUUGGUUCAUAGCUUUAUGUAUGGUUACUGUUUCCAUUUUGCUUUGUGUUAAAUUAAAUGUACUACCGGUUCCCCGAAUAAAUUCUCUGGUCAAUCUAGUCGUUCAUCGUCAACAACAACAACACCGACAAACACUCGAUACAAUCGAUGAUGAUGAUGAAGAAAGUAAUAAAAAUUCCGUUCGUUCCGGUCAAGUUCGUUUUUUUUCCAAUCCAAAUUAUCAAUUAGAUCAUCAUGGUAAUCUAAAGAAUAACAACAACAAUAAUAUGGAUAAUGAUUUAUUAAUAUCAUGAUAAUCAUGUUGAAAUUAU